AAUAAAGUUUUGAAGGGUUUAAUUACUAAAUUAACUUUAUAUGAGUUCAUCUGUAGCUAUCAAAACGGAGCUGCACAUUAUUCGAUGUACCGAUAAUUAGAGUGUGAAACGUAAAUUAAUUGUUGAAAGUCAUUUGAUCCACAAACGGAAGCAAUUAAAGUGUAAAACGAUUUUGCAUUCUGUGUUUUUGUUUCACUCAAGUAGAGUCGGGUGUUUUAGUGGGAAGUAGGCUAUCCCACCGGGCACAUUUCCCUCUAAUCCCGCUCAGCUAAUCACGCAAUUAAAACUUUUCUUUGCAAUAAUUAUCUGCAAUUGUUGAGCUGUCUGCAAAAAAGUGAAAGCGAUUGAUUGAGAGUUUUAAAUCACUUCAUUUCCAAUUUAAAGUAAAAAAACACGCCCCACAAAUUAUGCUACAGAAUUAUAGCCUGAUCUGCAUUUAUUAUUAUUAAUAAUAAUAAUAAUAAUACAUUUCAAUUAAAACUGAUUUAUCGCCCUUUGUUAAAACGUGCUUAAUAUGCCAGAAAUGUGCAACGCGUGACUGACCUGAGCAGGGAUUGUUAAUUUGUAAUAAUCGAAUCGAAGGUGCUUGUCGCUUCCCUGUGCCUCGCGCUGGCACGCACGGAAAUAGAAGUAAUUUACUUGCCUCCCGCGGGAAAUCCAUUGAACAGAUUAACAUUUUUAAAAUAUAGUAAUGAUAUCAUUUGAGGAAUGGUGACGCCGGUUUUACUUCCGAGCCUUCGUGAGAGUUAUUUGCAUAUUUUAAAAGCCCACAAUUUUCAUCGGUUAAUCAUAUAUAAGAGGUGCACAUUAGUGUGUAAGUGUUGGCAAGUGCAUGGGGUGAGGGCGUAUUCACUCCUAAAACAAAUCGGGGAUGAGCUAAAUAAACCUGUAAACUAUGCAAACUUGCAUUCGACUACAAUGAAGAAGGUGAAGCAGCAGGUAUCAGCGGACACAACAAACUUGAACUACAAGUAAACUGACACGUGAAAAAGAAAGCAUUGCUUUAUCGCCACCCAGCGAUGAAGUCUUGUACGUGUGUGAUUUUGUAAACUGUGUACAGUAUGCUGUCAGAUGUUUAUAAUAUUUGAUGAUUUCAACUUGUAAAACAGUCUGAGAUCACAGUCGGAAAUUUGAUUCGUUUUUUUAGUCGACAGUUUAUUGGUUUUGUAUCAAACGCCUAUGGAUCAUAAGUGUCUUUUUGUAAUAGCAAGUGGACACAAUAAAAGUACACUGGCCUAAGGAAUGGGUCAGCAAUGCAAUAACUGUAAAAAAAGAAAUAUGUAUGGGGUAAAAGGUGUUACUUUUAGCCUCGGGCUAACCUUUGGAACUAUUAAAUGUAAAAUUGUAAAAACAGCUAUUUGCAGAAAUAUCGUAAGAAUUAUGUGUUUCAAUACAUGUCAGAAAUGAACUUUCUCUUAUAACAAUGUGUUUUCAGCUGUCAGGUUGGUUAUCGGUGGUGACAGAUCGCAGGGAGAUUUGGCAGAUGGAAGUUUGUCAUUCAAUUUAGAAUUACGCAUCUCUCUCUCUCUCUCUCUCUCUCUCUCUCUCUCUCUCUCGUCCAAUCCCAACAAAUAGGCCUACAUAUUAUAGACAUAAUAUGACUCUUGUCGUUCUCGAGGAUAUCAAUCACGGUCCUGAUGCACUGACUGCGGUGGUUGGUGAGGGCCUUGAAUAGUUAAUGUCUCUUUGUUAUCCACGCUGUUCUAAUCCCCCGGUGAUUUGCGGUCUCACGUUGUUCAGAUCUGGUACAAUGAAGCAUGGGAGGGGGUGCGUCAACUAUUAUUUCGGCCAGCGCGGCCAUCUGCUGCUCGCAGGAAACCCAACACCCAAGAGACGCGCCAGCAAACACACUGUAAACUAGCGAAGAUGUUUUAAUUAAGACGAGGCAGGUUAACUCAGCUUCUUAAUGAAUUGCCUUCAUUGCCCUUCCCUUAUUGUCCAAAAUAGAUAUCUUGUCCCACCCACUGUAAACAACGCUGUAAUCGACUUCUAUUUGAUAUAGUCACGUAUUAUCCAGACAUCGAUCUUCAAUAUCUCAAACUUAUCCAAUUUUUCACAGUUCCUCACAAAUGUCAAUUUGAAGGUGCAUUCCUCUUAAAAGUUGUAUAUCUUACACAAACAAGCAUUUCUAUAAAUAUUGGUGGUGUAAAUAUAUACACGUUAUUAUGUUAUGCACGAAUAUUUAUUAGGACAUGGUAAGUUUAACACAAUAAGAAUAAAAGUGGAAAUCUAAUAAAGACUAGAUACAUAAUUGUACACAUAACUGUAAAUACAAAGUCUUUAUUAAGCCACUCAAUGGACGAAUAUGUAGGCCUAGAUGUCAAAACGCACCCUAGUGGUAAUUAAAGUCAUUGCUUCAUCGAUAUGGCUACUUAAGUUAGGUAAAAAUGAACUUACUAAACAACAAACCAUUCAAAGAUGCCCGAUAAAAAAGACAUGAACUUCUUUUUGACAGUUUUACAAUAUUAAACUUUUCCUUGUUCGGGGAAAUAAACCCAGCGAUUGUGAACUAUUCCUUGUCUAUUAUUGCAAAUAAUGCACCCAAGUCAAAAGGAUGUUUCACUAAAUUUGAGCAGUUUUUCUUUAACUAUACCCGCUGAUGAAUAAAUGGGCCAGCCUUACUCUGGUCUAACUAGUUAAUUAAAAACAGUUCAUGUUUGCUCAAGUUAAUAAAGGACUAAAUUAUUCACUUUGGGGACCUGCGUCCCAGAGCGCUUUAAAUCAUCCCGGGACAAUAUUGUAACUCUCUCUCCGCUCUGAUGAAACGCUGAGGGGUCCUGUCAGUGUCGGAACCCCUCCCCACCCUCCAUCUGUCCCCCUUUGUCCCCCAUAUAAAGCUUGUGUAUUUUAGCCCAUUGUCUUUCGCACAUUUAUUGACACCUUUUUUAAUUCGGCGCUUCUGUCGGCCUUCUCUAGCCGCGGGGCGCCAAUCUCUUCCGCUCCAUUAGCUCAUUGAAACAGGAGUCUGGUUAAACAAAAAGGAUGCAAUCUGAUCCUCCGUACUCUCUCUCUCUCUCUCUCUCUCAAAAAGCCAUACACGUCCCUCUCGCACACCACGGGUUUUCGCGCCCUGUUUGUCAGAGAGACUGGCCUGUGCGUUCGCGAGCCAGCAGGGAGGGGGAUCUUAUUAGCAUUAAAAGCCUACAGCGUGAAAUUCAUUUAUAAUUGCUAGAGAGAAAGAAAACCGAGAGAGAGAUAGAGAGAGAGAAAUAGAGAGAGAGAAAACAUAUGCGUCCCGAAUUACGUUUGAAUAAGUUUGUGAUAUGUUAACAUGGAAUGGAAUGCGACAGACGGCAAUUAUGACGCCUUUGUGACUGUCAAAUUCGAUUCAUAAGAGGCUCGUACCUCGGUGAGCGCCGGUAGUACAGAAGCUGAGGUGAAUCUUAAUGCAGCCAAAGAAAGACUUUGAUAUUUUCAAUAGAAGAAAAUGUCAAAAUAAGGCCGUUAAUCGAAAUGUGCAUGGUGUGCUUUUUUCUACGGAAUAAAAAAAACUAUAUUAAAAGGCAAUAAGAGAGUCGGGAAAAUACAGAAAUGGCCAAACAGGAGUUUUUCUGACGACACACGUGUCAAGGACUUGGAGAACAAAAUAAACACUGAAAUGAGGAGACACUGAAGGGUGGGUAGGUGGUUGAUCCUUAAUCGCCAGACCCUUUAAGGUGAUCUUUAUGUCAGUCAUAUUAGAUUGGCCUAUUAGAGAUACAGACACUGGUGAUGAUGUAGCAGGUGUGCAACCAUCUGGCAGAUACCCACGAUCCUGCUCUCUCUCUCUUUCUCUCUCUCUCGCAAUAUUUGCAAUACGCAUGCAAUCAAACAGUGAGAGCCAAAUUAUGAUUGACUAAAUCAAUCAACACCGGGUUCUAUUAAACAGGCCUAUUAUUUCUUCCUCACUUUCAAACAAAAUUCCGUAGGUUUUAAUAUGAAUAUAUUUAAUAAUAUCUAUUGACUUCGACUGGAUUCUAUUUCAUUUUAAAUAAAAAUUAUCUGAACAUGUCUUUGUUGAUUAUUAUUAAUUACAGUAAUAAUAAAAAUAAAAAAGGCCGUUGAUUGAAAUGGAUGUGCUUUUUUUCUACGAAAUAAAAAACUAUAUUAAACGAAAGACAAGUGCAACGGAGACUGGUAACACAUCAUAUGAAGUACAAUAAUUCUUUUAUAGAUAUAUAAAUAUAUAAUACAUUCAGGAUAUAUUACUAACUAACUGCAAAACUAUUUCACUCCCUCCAAUGUUAGUCAUUCUGCACUGUAUUUUUACAAGAGCUUUACAUAGUUACUUUCCUGUGGCUCGGUGGUAAGAUUAUGGCUCUAGCAACGCCAAGGACAUGUGUUCGAUUACAGGGCAUUGCACAUAGCCAGAAAUAAAAUAUUAUAAAAUGCAAUGUAAGUCACUUUGGAUAAAAGCGUCUGCCAAAUCCGUAAAUGUAAACAACAUGCAAAACAAUACCAUCUAAAGCCUGCGUGUCAUUAGGACAGACUUCAUCUAUACUGUGGUCUGACACCCACACCUUAUUUUUGUAGGUCGAGCCAACAAAUUAGUUCAGUUUUAGGAAUUCUGCCGCCAUCUAUUGGUCACCUGUGUUAGCACAGAACAAAGAAUUGUCUCGUUAAGGUGUUCCCAAGAGAUAUUUAUCCCAAGUCAAAAUUAUUCUUUCCUUGACUCGAUCUAAAUGAUACUAACUUUUUGCUUCAUGUCAUGGAAGCCCCUAUCCAGGCAUUAUGUAUUAUGUAGGUGUCUUCUUUUUUUGGGUCUUUUAAUUUGGUUAAUUUAUUUUUUAACAAGUUUUACUACAAUUUUGGUGGAAAGUGUGCGUAAGUGAAAAUUGCUUGGGCACCACACUGAAACACUGAUAAUAAGGGCUGCACAAUAUAUAUGUUUUAAUUUAUCGGAAAAUUCUGAACGUGCAUAUCGCGAUAUGCGUGUCGCUAUACUUAGUGAUAUAAAAAAGUAUCAAAGUUUCAAGUUGAUGCAUAUAGCAGAGCUGCUGUGCCUGAUGUGUGGAAGAUAAUCAAUAACUGAAAAGAAUGUGAACCAUGUAUGUUGGCUGAAAAUUUCCAGUUUUUAAAUAUAUUUUGAUAUAGUUUAAACUCAUUUUACAGACCUUAAGCAUUAUCAUAUCGCAUAUAGGCCGAGCAUGUUUGUCAAUGUCGCACAGCACAACUGAUGAUAAUACAUACAAAUAAGAGGCUAAACCUUACUGAUAUUCUCACAUUCGAAGUGUAAAUAUAUUUGAUUAACAGACUUUAGCUAUUAGAAUAACAGUAUCAAGAGAUACAUAUUUGUCAAAUAAAGUGUAUAAAUUACAUGUCCAUAGGCAAGCGAUUCAGGACCACGGACAGCACCAUGCAAUUAUUUUGGUAUGCAAGCACUUUAGACAGUAAAAACUGUAUUCUAAGUAAAUAAUAAUAAAUAAUAGUUAAGUCAGUAUAAUUUAUAUGAUUCUCUUCAACUACGCUAUAAAGCCAUGCAUAAACGUAGACCAAGACAGUAAUGGCUUAUACGUUCGUACCAACAACGCUCCAGUCGAAUAGAUAUGAACUAUUUAAGCUACCUUUAAAAUUGAUAUUUUAAAGGUAAAUAUUUUGUGUUUUGUUUCUACAGCUACACUAAAGUAAAUCAGGCGCAGAAUGAUGACGACCGAACUGACUAGACAGCGGUCUGUCCAAUGAGAGCACCCAUUUGUGAUUUUGGAAAUAGUUGUGGGCAUAGAUAUCGUUGUGGGGUGUCCAUUUCAGUGAUAAAAUCUGAAUCUCUGGUUAAAAUGUAUCGCAAGUAAAAUAGCUGACAGUCAAGGCUAGAUAACGCGUACUGACCACCUACAAACCCGUACUGGAUGCAUCUAAACGGACUACAUCCCAAUUGUACCCUGGAUUUCACAACAAUAAUAUCAGACAGCGAUGAUAAAUCGAUGUCUUCAUGGCGAAUGUUGACUGUCGGCGUGACCUCGGCUUUACGACUCUUCAAUGGGCCGCAGAGAUAGAAUAAACCCGUUCGGCGUUCGCGAAGAGCCGUAAAACACAGCACACCGCCGUUACAUGAGAUGGGUAGAUAAAUAUCAAUCGGCGCUACAUUGCUUUUUUACCGUGUUGCUAUUGUGUUCUCCGAAACGCACGAAUGCCCAUUGCAAUACCCGCAAAAACGCCGACUUCCUUUUCACGCGAGGGAAAUGACACUGAUCUCUAUUGGAGGAUUAUAAUUAAUCGCACCUGUGUUGGGAAGACUGGUGGCAAGCGUGCGUCCUGCGCAAUGGCCGCAUCGAGACGAAUUCAACUGACCGCACUGUCCAGCAACGCACACUUCCCUCUUCCCACCAUACCUCCCGUCUCCGAGACCAAUGACCAACCAGUCGAUUUGGAUUUACUGGCAACAACGACAGAGUCUGAAUUUACAUCUCCCCCAGCAGAAAAGAGACUGGAACUCACACUAUUCGAGCCGGACGAGCAACGCUGCCCGGAGUUCAACUACCCAGAUCUCAUCUGCUCAAAGCAAACUCCUGAGAAGAAAUUGCAGAAGGCAGAUGAAGUUGCCGAAGACAGAGAGAGAAAUGAAUUGGAGGCACUUGCGAGAAAGUUUGAAGGGAAAUAUGGUGGAUAUUGCAAAAAGAAAAAAGACAGAGUCCAGGAUCUGGUGGAUAUAGGAUUUGGUUACGAUGAAUCGGAUUCAUUCAUUGAUAAUUCUGAAGCUUAUGAUGAGCUGGUUCCAGCUUCCCUUACCACCAAAUAUGGCGGCUUCUACAUCAACUCAGGAACUCUGCAGUUCCGGCCAGCAUCUGAAGGGGGUCAGAAGAACGAGACAAGUGAUUUUGACGACAAUUUCAAACCCAAGAUUCAAAUCUCCUCACAGAAACGUAAGAUUAAGCAGGGAAAAGACCAGAAGAUGGGUAAGAAGAAGAAAGAUGACAUGCUGGAACAGAAUGAAGACGAGGUGGUCAAAAAGAGCGACCAGCAAGACGAGCCACCAGAACAGAUGAAGAAGAAAAGCAAAAAGCCUCUGAGCAUCGAUAAGAUGCUGAAGAAGUUCCAUAAGGAAAAACUUCAACAGCUGCAAAUGUUUAAUGCUAGAGAGAGAGAUCAAGCUCUCAAUCACAGCUGUGCCAUCAUGCAAGCGGAGGGUCAAGAUCCGCCCAUAUCUGCUGACCCUCUUCUCACACUCAUUGGUUCUGCCAGUGCUGAUGAUCUCCUUCAGGCGGUGAAGGCAGCUGAGCUAGACUUUGACUUGGACGGGCUCUUGGGGGAACCGCAGAACAUCUGCUCUCCAAGCCAGGAGGAAAAUGGGGAGGUUCUGAUAGAGCAGGUCAUCACGAAGCCCCCUGCUUCGCUUCCUGAGGGUCUUCCUCCUAUGCUAGAGCAACGCAUUCAAGAACUCACUCAGGCCGUCAAGAAAGUUGAAGGACAAAAUAAGAUGGAGGUUUUGUCUUCUGAGCUCAGCAAUGUUUUACUAGAAGUGGAAGUGAGCUCUAAAAAGCUGAGUGGCAAAGUACGCUCCAGGAUCUUCUCCUACUUGGCAUCCCAGCUGUCUUGCAGCAAAGGAACUCUGGUUAAAAGAGCCAAAAAGCUUCACAAUCUACAGCAGGAUGGGAGGUUGAAAGAGCUCCUGCAGAAGCUAGAGAAUGCGGUUGCCAGAUCAAUGCCAGAACAAAUCAUCCGUUUCCAGAGCCACUGCCAAGCUCAUUCUGAAGCUCGAGCUGCAAAGCUUGAGGCUGACAAGAAGGAGCAACGGGUGGCCGAUGGCUCUGAUGAGGAAGAAGAGGAGAGGAGUGGAAAACGGGUGUUCGGACCUCGGAAGAGAUUUAGAUGGAACGAAGAAAUCAGGGAGUUAAUCUGUGAGAUUGUAAAUUUGAAGAUGACCAUCUAUGACUUGGAGUCACCUUCAUGUUCUAGUUUGGAGGAGUAUCUCAAAGUGUUCUUGGAGGCUGAGGUUAAACCUCUUUGGCCUAAAGGAUGGAUGCAAUCCAGGAUACUGCUUAUAGAAACUCGAAAAGCACACGGUCACAUUACUGGUGUUGUAAAAGGUGAUAUAGAGGCAGUUAUGAAGGCAAGAAAGAAACCAAUGGGCACAUCGAAACUAAAAAAGGCCAGCGCUGACCCUGAGGACAAUAAGAACAUUCUGGACAUUCAAGGCCCGCCAGCAAUAAAACGCAAGCGUCUGAGUGUCCCUGUGAGCAUGCAGCCUGAAGUUGGAGCCACACUGAGCACCACUGCCAAAACUCCUUCAAACACACAAACAUCUACCACCUUCUCUAUCCAUCCUGCCAAUCACAUGGAAGGGGUGGUUCGUCCCUCGCUAGGUGGCAGUCAGCUGGAGAACCACCAUCCCGCCACUCAGAGAAGUCAAAUGAGUGUGGAGUGUGUGGUACAGGGUACAGCGGUCUCUACAGAAAAAGGAUUAGGUCAGAUGAUGUGGAACAGGACUGGUAUGGAGUCGGAUCUAAAGCGACUCCAGAGCGGGGAGAAGGCCACUCCAAAGCUGACGCUGGUGGCGCCCCCCGAUGGUCCUCAGGGCCACUGCCCAUCAGUGGUGCAGGGCGUCGCCAGACUGCUCACUACCACAUCAAUGGGAGAUGCACCUGUAUCCAUGGCAGCAGCGGCCGGUGAGAUCUCAUGUGGGAAUCCGGCUCUUCCCACCCCUUCAAUGUCUCUACUUCCAUCCACCUACCCCACCACCGCACAGCCAGGCAUCUUACCAAGCUUUGCCCCCCUGCAUGCUCUCCCAUUCCCUGGGUUGAGCCCUGGCACAAAGCUCCCCGGACAACCACUAGGCUGCAAAGGUCCAGCACCGGGAAACUUCCAGCAUGGUCUCACACAUGGUAACUCCAUGCUGUGCUCUAGCACUCUUCAUCUUCUGUCUGUCCCUGUUUCUUCUCCUGCUCCUCUUCAUUCUAUUACACCAUGGCUCUUUGGUUUAGAUGGAAAUCAGAUCCACGCAGAUGGGCUUAACGCACGCCGAAAACUACAUUAAUUACAGUGAAAUGGAAGACCAAGUGACCAAAAGACCAAAUGAAACCAGACAGGUUGUUGUGAGCUUGAACAGAUAGAGAGAGCCGACUACUCAACAUCCGAAAUAGACCUUGUGUUCGGAAAUGUAAGAAUCUAAACUCCUUCGAGGUGAAUGUUUAUUUGCAGUUAGCAAAAUACACUGAUCAAGAAUUGUGAAUGGUGGUGUUAUGACUUUUGUUUAAGAUAUAAUUUGAUAUGAUCAGCCAUGUGGCCUCAGUUCAGGCCUUUGCACUUAUUGAAAUGCACUUACUCGACUGAAUUCUCUAUUCCCAUUCAUGAUGCUUUUGAAUCCCAGUUUCUCUCUCCUAAAGGCGAUACAGUAAACAUCCAUAAUCCAAUUCUAUUUAUAAAAUGUCUGGAACAAUAGUUAUGACAGGUGGCGUGGGCCACAAUCCUUAAGGAUUAACUUUAUAUAUGUAUGUGUUGUUGUGUACUCUAAAUGAACUGUGAAUGCAUUGUUCGUGCUAAUGGAUGGCAAAGAUGGCUUUGUUUAUUUUUACUGGACUGGGAAAUAGUAUUUAUGCCUCUGUGAUCAUCUCAGGGCUGUUUAGGUGUUAUGACUGGGUUCCCACGGAGAAAUGCUGCAAAAUAUGUACGAGAACACGCACUUGCUUUUGUUUUUGGACAUGCUAAAAUGUGACUUUUGAAAAUAAUUAUUUGAAAGGGUAUUAUGGAAAAAUAAAGUUUCCUAAAAUAUU